AUGUCUGAGCUUCAAAGUCCGAGCGAAAAAAUCGGACGGAUUGGAGUCUGUGCUCUAGAGCACAAAGCUCGCUCAAAACCCUGCAAGGCAAUCCUCAGCAACCUGCUCAGAGAUAGUGAUUUCGACAUUGUCAUGUUCAAUGACAAAAUCAUCCUAGAUGAACCAGUUGAGGCGUGGCCCAAAUGCGACUUUUUGAUUUCCUUCUUUUCAAAGGGAUUCCCUCUCCAAAAGGCUAUUGACUACGCCAAUCUGCACAAGCCGUUCCUGGUCAAUGAUCUGAUCAUGCAAAAAGUGUUGUGGGACCGUCGUUUGGUGCUCCGCCUCUUGGAAGCCGCUGAUGUUCCCACUCCACAACGACUGGUGAUUUCUCGAGACGGUGGCCCAAUUGUGGACGACGCCGUGAAAGCUAAAUUGGCUCAACAUGGUGUCAAUCUCACUCCGGAAAAAGAGCCAAAGUUCGAAAUGGUCGAUUACGACACCCUUCGUUUGGAGGACGGCCGCGCCAUCACCAAACCGUUUGUCGAAAAACCCGUAGAUGGCGAGGACCACAAUGUCUAUGUGUACUACCCGGAAAAAUCCGGUGGAGGUGGAAGACGGUUGUUCCGCAAAGUGGGCAACAAGUCUUCAGAGUACGACCCUGAUCUUGUGUCCCCACGUACUGAAGGGUCCUAUAUCUAUGAAAAGUUCAUGGACACUGAUAAUUUUGAGGAUGUCAAGGCCUACACGGUUGGAUCUGGGUAUUGCCAUGCUGAAACCCGAAAGUCUCCCGUUGUUGAUGGCAUCGUGCGCCGUAACCCUUACGGUAAAGAGCUCCGCUUUGUAACAAAGCUCAGCGACGAAGAACGACGCAUGGCUGCAAAUAUUGCAAUUGCAUUUGAACAAACCGUUUGCGGCUUUGAUCUGCUGCGUGUUCGUGACAAGUCCUAUGUUAUCGAUGUCAACGGCUUCUCGUUUGUAAAAGACAACGAAGAGUACUAUGAGAGCUGUGCGAAUAUCUUGCGAGAAAUGUUCAUUAAAGCUUCUCACGCUAAAAAGAAUCUGCCCCUGGCGACUCAGAUUCUGCUCAAUUCAAGCGACAGUAGUACUAACGAACAGAACUGGGUCUUGAAAGCUCAGAUCACUGUUAUUCGUCAUGCCGACCGGACCCCAAAACAAAAAUUCAAGUACUCUUUCAAGUCUAAGAUCUUUAUGGACUUGCUCCAGGGCCACCGGGUCGAAGUUAUCAUUCGGGACAAGAAGCAUUUGCGUCGACUUUUAGAUAUCACAAACGAAGCAAUUGCAACAAAGGCCGAAGAUCCCAAAAAAUUGGCGCAGCUCAAGCUUGCGUUAGAAAAGAAGAUGGACCUUCCUGGCACCAAGGUCCAGAUUAAACCGGGGUUCAAAGAUAAGCAGCCAGAUGCUCCUUUGGAGAAGGUGCAGUUCAUUGUAAAAUGGGGCGGCGAACCUACCCACUCUUCUCAGUACCAGUCACAAGAGCUCGGUGAACAAUGGCGAAAAGACAUGCGACUUUUGAACUCAAAGACGUUAGAAGAUACUGUAUUUUACUCCUCCUCUGAGCGACGAGCUACUGCAACCGCUCAGAUUUUCGCAAAUGCUUUGCUACAGCGUGAGGUCGACCCGAGUGAGCUGCAUGUGGUUGAAAACCUUCUGGAUGACUCUAAUGCUGCGAAAACUCUGAUGGAUGCUGUAAAGAAGCGACUUAAACUCAUGCUUCGGAAGGGCCUUAGCCCUCCCCCUCAAUUCGCAUGGCCCGAAAAAGUGCCCCAACCUUUUGUGGUUCUUUCUCGAGUCGUCGAGUUGAUGAAGUACCACCGCAUGAUUUUGAACUGGCACUUUGAGAAUGAUGAUGUAGAAUCGUUCCAAGAACGCUGGUGCUGCAAUGAAGAUCCAAUGCUUUUCCGUGAACGGUGGGAGAAGCUCUUUGCCGAGUUCACCUCCGUCGAAAAAGUUGAUCCAUCCAAGAUCAGUGAACUUUAUGACACAAUCAAGUUCGACGCCCUGCACAACCGAUCAUUCUUGGAGCACGUCUUCGAGUACCCCAGUGAUGCAAAGGUUGAUAUUUCGCUGCCUGAAGCCGAGGCUGCUAUGCCUAGCGUUAUUCCAAAUGAGGCAGAGUACAGCGGUAAAUUCAAGUUUGUUCAGGCACCAAUGACUCUGUUCGAUAGACCCGAGUAUGCGAAACUUCGCGAGCUCUAUUUGUUGUCCAAGAUCUUGUUCGACUAUAUUUGCCCGCAAGAGUACGGUAUCACAAACGAUGAGAAACUCGAUAUUGGCCUCUUGACGAGCCUACCUCUCCUCAACAAAGUUAUUGAGGACUUGGAGUACAACUGUUGUGCUGAACAGGGUCGGUCGUUCUUCUAUGUUACCAAAGAAAGCCACAUGUAUACUCUACUCGGCAUCUUGUUUGGCUCGCGACUUCCUACAAAGCUGUCAAGAACCCAGCUCCCUGAACUCGAUUACUUGGCCCAGAUUUGUUUCGAACUUUACGAGUGUGUGAUCCAAGGUGAGAAGCGGCAUCAGGUCCGUGUCACAAUUUCGCCCGGCUGCAACUCGCUUUCUCCUCUCGAUGUGCAGCUUGAUAGCAAGCACUGCAUCCAGUGCGUUCCCAAGCGCGGCUUAACGCAUUACAUGGAUUUGGAUGAACUCAUUGAACACUUUAGAGAAGUAUCGAGUCGUGUUUGUUUACCCAACAAGUUCCUCCCCGUCAAGAUCAGCAUUCAGGACCCGCAGGCCUAA